AUGCCGGAGAUAGUAGUUGCUAAGAGAUCGAGGGCAGAGAAGAACGCAGCGAGACGAAAACGCAAGAGAGAUGCUGCUGCUGCCGCCGCCGCUGCUGCCGCCGCUCCGGCCACACAUGAUCCCGCAGCUGUACCGGCACCGCAAGCCGCCAGCGGUAGCAGCACCGCCGACAGGGCCUCUCGCAGAGAAGGAAAGCACGGCGUCACCAUGAAGAAGCAGCGGUUGGCCGUCUCCCUCGAUGCCACGGGAUCACCAGCGCCAACAGCGGCAGCAGGAGCAGCACGAGGAGACAUAGUACCAGACGGCCAUCGCAUGCAACAUGCCCACGUAACAGGUCUGCAGAGGUCUUCCGGUGCUGCUGCUGCUGCUCCCGCUGCCGCUGCUGCGGCUGCUGCUGUUGCCGGAGGGGGUGAGUACCAGGGACACUCGUCAGCAGACGGAAGAGAGGGUGGCAGCAAAGCAGCAGCAACAGGAGCCUGUCGAGGUGAAGGGGUAGUAGCAGCGCCAGGGGCGGCGGCACCACCUUCGGCGUGCAAGUCCGAAAGCAAUGGCAAGAACAUCAGCAGUGGUGACAACGCGCACAACAGGAAGAAGAAGAAGCAGAAGAAGAACAACAACAAGCGCAGCAAGAACAAAGCUGAAGGGCCACAGGAGAGCCUUCCGUCCCCCUCUGCUCCUCUCCCUACUCCUCGUGCUCCCAGAGAGCCUACCGGUGUGGCUAGUUCUCCGAGCGAGUGCCGCUUCCGCCAAGGUUCUUCAACAGUGGCACCAGGCGGUGACAGCAACGGCAGCGGAGGUACGAGAAAGGACGAGGAGGCGCGCUCGCUAUCCAAGGCCCUGGAGAGGGCGAGGAAGAAGCACCGCGAAGAAAUCGGGAGCGGCAGGCCGCUCGUGGGCUGGGACGUGGCCGCCUAUGCGGGUUUCGUUUUCGGAGAGCUGGCGGCGGCGGUGUGCGGCGGGCAGGGCGAGGAGGAGGAAGAAGACGGAGGCGCGGUUGCGGGUGCGGUGGACGCUGUGUCUGCCGCCGCCGAGGAGGAGCACGCGGGACAGGUGGGGAACCUAGAUGCCGCCGAGGCUGGCUGCGCGGCGUGCCUCUCCGCUUGGCCGCGCUGCGCGAGCGGCCACCUGAAGAUGGCGAAGAUUCUUAGAGCCCGCGGCCUAUCGCAUCAGGCGCUACGGUCCGCCUCAAAGUCGGGGGACCAGGGAGAGGAGGUUGCUCAAGCCGCGGCCGAACGACUGUCUCUCCUGCUGUGCCAGGAGGGCCGCAACAAGGAAGCCGCCAAGGUUCUGAAACGACACGGUUUCAGGUACCGUCUCUCGGCGGACGUGCUCCGAUACCCGCUGUCGCCCCAUACGAAACCGCCAACGGCGGUCGAGGAGUCAGGGAACGGUCACAACCUCGCGAGACAAUCAUCGUCGGAAGCGCGUAAGGACUCGAAAGCUCCGGGAGAGGGGGGCAGAAGGAGCGACGGGAAGGGGGGUAGUGGCGGUGACGAUGCUUCGGAGUUUGUGGCGGCGGUGGACGGGGCGUUGCCGCCUGGGAUGCUCCGCCACUUGCAGGGGGUUGGGGGUUAG